AUGGCGGAGGCGGAAGGGGAGAGUCUGGAGUCCUGGCUGAAUAAAGCCACGAAUCCUUCCAACCGCCAGGAGGACUGGGAAUACAUAAUUGGCUUUUGUGAUCAGAUCAACAAAGAGCUUGAAGGGCCACAGAUCGCUGUCCGACUGCUGGCCCAUAAGAUCCAGUCUCCGCAGGAAUGGGAGGCAGUCCAGGCCCUGACGGUGCUGGAGGCCUGCAUGAAGAACUGUGGGAGGAGAUUUCAUAACGAAGUGGGAAAGUUCCGGUUUUUGAAUGAGUUGAUCAAAGUCGUCUCUCCAAAGUACCUGGGGGACAGGGUGUCUGAGAAAGUAAAGACCAAGGUUAUUGAGCUGCUUUAUAGCUGGACAUUGGCGCUGCCGGAAGAAUCCAAGAUCAAAGAUGCCUACCACAUGUUGAAGAGACAGGGCAUUGUGCAGUCUGACCCGCUGAUCCCUAUGGACAGGACACUGAUCCCCUCUCCGCCACCUCGUCCCAAAAACCCUGUUUUUGAUGAUGAGGAGAAGUCCAAGCUUUUGGCCAAGUUGUUGAAAAGCAAAAACCCAGAUGACCUGCAAGAGGCCAACAAGCUCAUCAAGUCCAUGGUGAAGGAAGAUGAGGCGCGGAUCCAGAAGGUGACCAAGCGCCUGCACACCUUAGAGGAGGUUAAUAACAACGUAAAGCUGCUCAGCGAGAUGCUGCUUCAUUACAGCAAAGAGGACUCUUCAGAGGCAGAUAAAGAGCUCAUGAAGGAGCUGUUUGAUCGGUGUGAGAGCAAGAGGCGGACGUUAUUCAAACUAGCCAGCGAGACAGAGGACAACGACAGCAGUUUAGGGGACAUCCUACAGGCCAGUGACAACCUCUCCCGGGUCAUCAACUCUUACAAAACAGUCGUUGAAGGGCAGGUCAUCAAUGGUGAGGUGGUCACCUCAGCCAUUCCUGACUCUGAAGGAAACCACCGCUCCAGUAACCAAGGCACUCUCAUUGACCUUGCCGAGUUGGAUGCGCCCAGCAGCUUGUCCCCAGUGCUGGCCCCCGCACCCUGCCCCUCGGGCAUCCCUGUCCUCCCUCCGCCCCCCCAGGCCUUGGGACCCGGGCGCAGCCACUCGUCCAGCCAGGCUGAGGCCCCCCCGGGACCCAGCAGCACAAGCCACACCCUCAGCCUGCUGGACGAGGAGCUGCUCUGCUUGGGUCUCACCGACCCAGCCCCCUGUGCUUCUCCCAGAGAGUCAGCUGGAAACAGCCAGUGGCCCCUGUUCCAGAACGAACAGUCGAACCUGGAGUUCUUCAGCCCCACACCUGGAACUGGUGCCUGUAGCCUCUCAGAUGGGCCUCUCCUGCAGCCCUCAGCAGCCCCCGUGGUCCCAGCCAGCGUUCCAGCCCCCCCGGCCGGCUCCUUCUCAUUUUCCACCGGCCUGGCCCCAGCUUCGGCCCCCAAGGCUGAGCCUGCGGCCCCCGGGCACCAUGGUUCAGCUUUGGGCGACAGCACCGUGCGCCAGCUGGACGCCCUUGAUCAGCUUCUAGAAGAGGCCAAAGCGACCUCAGGCCUGGUGAAACCCGUCUCCUCCGGCUUCUUCGCUGGCGCUGCCACCUCCCCUCUGCUCCCCACCAGCACCUCAGCUAGACCUCUCCUUCCCUUCUCCACGGGGCCUGGCAGCCCUCUCUUCCAGCCACCUGCCUUCCAGUCCCAGGGCAGCCCCAUGCAGGGGCCCGAGCUCUCCCUGACCAGUGUCCACGUCCCCCUGGAGUCUAUCAAGCCUAGCAGCGCCCUUCCUGUGACAGCCUAUGAUAAAAAUGGCUUCCGCAUCCUCUUCCAUUUUGCCAAGGAGUGUCCUCCAGGACGGCCUGACGUGCUGGUGGUGGUGGUGUCCAUGCUGAACACGGCUCCCUUGCCUAUCAAGAGCAUCGUGCUGCAGGCUGCAGUGCCCAAGUCAAUGAAAGUGAAGUUGCAGCCACCCUCUGGGACAGAACUCUCUCCGUUUAGCCCCAUCCAGCCACCUGCAGCCAUCACCCAGGUCAUGCUGCUGGCCAAUCCACUGAAGGAGAAGGCGAGGCUUCGGUACAGGCUGACCUUCGCCUUGGGGGAGCAGCUGAGCACGGAGGUGGGGGAGGUGGACCAGUUCCCCCCUGUGGAGCAGUGGGGGAGCCUGUGA